UGAACCAUGCUGGAAUCAGUCCCAACACAACAUGGCGCAGCGGCAGAUUGCCCGCUACGAAAUAUUGCUUAAAAUCCGGGAUUUAAAGCACUAGAGAAAUUCGUGGACUCUUCAGGCUCUUAUAAAGCCACGUGUGAAGGUCACAUGACAGGAGCAGCGUCAGAGUGAUGGUGAAGAGAUCAACACAGUUUGACAGUGAACUUGAGGGUGUGGCCCCACACUGUGCUGAGCCAUGGCCAUGAUAACUGCACACAAGCGGGCCAGCAUCUCAGGGCUGGAUGAGGAGGGAGGCAUCAGAAAGAAACUGAAGGUGGAGUGUGAGGUGCAAGAGGAUGGUACCUGUGAAAUACGCGAUGCUGAUGACACUGCAGAAAUCACACUGGAAGGGGAGCUCCUGGUAGGUAUGCCUGGGUCUGGCAGUGAAGUUACCACCACCACCAUCACCACCAUUGAAACCCCAGAAGACCACCGUGUCUACAUGGAUGACUUUGCUGCCCACCUCAUUGCCCGCAAGAAGAGCAUGUUGGUGCCAGAUGAAAAGCUGCACUCCAUCAUCGGUUACCUGCGUGACAGCAAACCAAUCAGCCCGCGGCUGAAGUUCUGGCUCAACAUGAAGAAGAUGAUGAUGGUGACAUUGCCUGAACUUGACCUUCAUGAUGAGCUGGUGGUGCCCCGGGAAGGUCGGGAUGGAAGUACAACAGGGCUGCUGCGUGUAGUACCAGUGAGUCAGCUGUACCACCUGGUGUCCAGCCUCCACAAUGUGCAGCAUGCCGGCUACAAGAAAGUGAAAAUGGUGGUGGACCGUGAGUACUAUGGCGUCCCCAGGAGUUAUGUCCAGGCCUUCUGCCGCACUUGCCCCAGCUGCUCCAAGAUGCAGCCUCUUCCCAUGCCCAUGCCACCUAAGGAGCCACCAAAGCAGCCUUCCCAGAAACCUACACUUCAGCCAGUGUCCCGUGCCCGCAGACCACCACGCUGGGGCUCUGUGGACCGGCGGAUGCUGGGGCGCAGCAUUCAGGUCGAUCUGCUUGACAUGCAGCAUUGUCCUGAUGGUGAGUUUCGGCACAUAUGUCAUGUGAUGGACCAUUUCUCCCGAUUUCAUUUCCUCUUCCCCCUCAAAAGCCGUUCGCCAGUAGAGGUGGCACGGGGUCUUGAGGAGCGGGUCAUGGCAUACAUAGGGCCUCCACGGAUCCUCAACUCUAGCAGUGACCCAAAAUUUAUUCAUAAACUAAAUAGGAUCCUUUUUGGUGGUUGGGGCAGUGAUACACCAUUCCUGUCAAGGUCUCAGACUCCACAAAUCAUUGGAGGAAAGGGGUUGGACACAAAUAAAAUUGUGUUAAAACAGCUGGCCAGACUAAGGACUGAUCUCUAUGACUCAGCUGCUCACUUUCCUUGGACAACCUGGCUUCCUCGGGUCAUGUACUGCCUCAACAUGCAUGGAUCCCCUGCCACACAAGACUCCCAGAGCCAUCAAGCCACCAGUGACUCCCCAUCUGGCCAAGGGACUCUAGGUGGCCACAGUAGUAAGCAGUUCCCUUAUCAGUUUAUGUUUGGAAGGGUGCCUCCUGGUCGAUGUCCCUGCUGGUGUGAGGACCGGGGCCAUGACACCGACCAGGACCUGGACAUGGACCCAGAUCAGGACUUGGAAGACCUGGACCAUGAACCAGAGGAGGAAGAUGUGGAUGAAGAUGAAGGCCACUUGCAGGGUGAGGGUGAGGAGUGUAGAGUGCAGCACCUCCUCCCUGUAGCUAAAACUGAGUGUACCAGUGCAGCAGAAAACUUUGACCACUGCUGACUUACAAAUGUAAAAUAAUGUAAUAUUCUAAGAAAGUUAUUGUAGUGCUUUUCUUUCACUUACUAUUAAUUUUACCAUGUUUUACCUGCUUUAUGUGCUACCACCAAGGGUUUUGACUGUACAACUGGAAGAAAUUGUGUUCUGUUACCUACCACAGAGAUGAGUUAUAUCUAUGAAUAUAAAAAACAAAAUUUCUUGUGAUUUUAUAAGAGUGAGUCUGAAGAUGGGAUUAAGCUUCACAUGGUAUGAGAUGACAUGUGCCAUAAUUUGUCUGGUGCCAAAAAAUGUUCACCUUUAUAUUAUCUUUAGUAGGGUUAUCUAUUCCUUUUUCCAUGAAUUAAUCUACAAACCUUCCCAUCUGACCUUUUUUUUGAGUGACAAUGGCAUCCUGUAAUUCCAUGGCUGUUUGUUGAUAUUUGUCACUUAUUCUUUUAUAUAUUUAUUUAUUAUUUAUUUUAUUUUAUUUUAUUAAUUAAUUUAUUUUUUGGCUCAGGAACUUGUAUGAAUGGAUACUUCUAUUUAUGUGGUGUAUUUAUGAAUAAUGAAUGUGGGAUAUAUUCUACCUGCAUCAGUUUUGUGAUGUAUGCAAUAUGAACAUAAGAGAAGUGUGUACAAGAAAUAUGAUUUUUGACACAAAAUAACUUUCACAUCACGUGACACUUGUUGUGAUCCACAUAAAAUCGUGAAGUGAACCAGAUGGAGCCUGAAGGUUAGUUUGGAGGUUCCUGCCUUAUUAGGAUGACUGGCUAAAUCAAACACAGCCCUAAAACUUUAGUCAGGCCAUGAAUGAAUGAUGGAACAGCAGCAUGCUCCCUCAAGCCUGAUAACACAUGUGAUUAAGACCUACAUGUUAGAGAACAAGCAGGUGAUUGAACUUCUGGUGUCUGACUACUGCUGCUAUGAGCUGAGGAUGGUACUAAAUCAUGGCCAUGUUGAGGGAAAGAUUAGCAGUAGUAAUAGGCGAUUACUGACCGGCCAGUGUUUAAUCUGAUGGGUUAAUAAUGGAUCUUUAUUCCUCUUCACUUAUUUCAUCCAUGCACACUCUUAAUGAAAGCAAGUGUAUGUGUCCUUCCCUGCCUUUUCCCAUGAUAAUUAAGUACAAUAUUCUUUUCCAUAUCCUUCUGUAGUGCAUUUCCCAUUCCUUACAUUCUGUUCUUGUUACUGAUUUCUAGACAGUGACAGCGUGAUAGGCUAGUGCAGUGUUGUAUCAGUGGCCACCAGGUCAUGAACCAUGAACAUAACUAAUAAAAAUGGCAUAAAACAAUGAAGAUGUAUAUAGUGUCAUCUUUGUCAAUGGUAACUUGUAUGGAGUGCACUAAUGCCUUAUAUCUCAUGGAGAUAUGGUUGGGCUAGUCUGUCUACUUAGGAAAGGCAAAAAUGUCUACAUCUUUUUUUUUUCUUUCUCUUUCUCAUUCUCAAAUUAUUGUAACUUGGACAUAUUUUUUAUAAUUUACUGUAUACCUCAGACAAGUUUCACUGGUAAGUUGCUGUCAUCAUUCAUGUGCAAUAUUGGUGCUGUUCAAAUUAAGUUUUCUUACUAUUGAGGCUGUGAAGUCAACCAAAUAAUUUGAAUCAGUGGAAGAAUAGGUUUUAACACAUGAACCUUGUUAAUGGAAAGAUUUUCAGAGAUCAUCAGUUUGUUGAAGUUUUUUAUCCUUUCUCUGUUUGGUGAUUGCCAAACAUUAAAAGGAAAAUUAUAGUAAAGUGUAAGUUAAUGACUUGCAGAAACACUUGAGACUCAUCAGUUACUAGUGUGGUGUGUUCACCAUACUCACCUCAGAGUUUUCCGCAUUCAUUUGUUCUAAUGUUGAGCUGUAUAGUAAAUAAAAAAAAAAAAGUUA